GCUCAUGCUGAAAAAGAAAGAGACUACCGGGACUCUGUACUCUAGAGUGAUGAGACCGAGAUAAAUGUUCAGAACGGAUGGCUUCAAAACUGUAUAGUAUCGCAAAGGUGAGGAGUACAAAGAAAAAUGCAUGGUGUCUACAGUGAAUCAUGGUGGUGGCAGUGACCUUCUGUGGGGUUGCAUGAGUGCUGCUGGUGUCGGGGAGCUAUAUUUCAUUGAUGGUGUCAUGAAGUCACAGAUGUACUGCUCUAUAUUGAAACAGAAGUUUUCCAACAUGAUAAUGAUCCAAAACACAAAUCUAAAGCUACUGUUGCAUUUCUGA